UCAACUAUGAUUGCGAAUUUUGUUUAAUUUUGGAGAAUGUGGCCAGUUAAACACAUUGUGAUUAUCGCCGUUUGUUUAUUAUUUCUGUUCGGUGGCAUUUCCUGUUCAUUUGGCGCUACGUUAAGAAAUUUGAUUUCUGUUUGUCAAGCAAAUCUAGUUCACUGAUGUGGUUUUUGAACCCACCCUCCAAUUACGUGUAGAUGCAGAAGGUGUGAUCUCUCUUGUUUAAUUUAUUUGAAUUUGUGCCUGUGUGGGUUGGCCAGUUGGUAGGGAUAAAAAAAAAUUAAAGGGGGGUGGUCUGGAGCGGAUUAAAGCAAAAAAAAAAAAAAAAAGAGCUUUUUUUAGCGCUUUUAGCCCUCUCUGAUUUUACUUUUAUCUCAACCAAUGUCAACACGACUGUCAAUUUUUUUUGAAAUUGGGAAUUGUGGAUUUUCUGGAUUUGAAAAAAAAAUGUAAAUCUAAUACUUGAAGGAGCGAGACAGUUUACCCUUAUCCUCAGUGUUCGUCAGUCUUGUGACUUUGUGAGUACUUAGGACCACUUUCAGUCAUCAUUUUGGAUUCUUUCUUCUUUAAAACCCUUUUCUACGUGCCUGAGCUGUCUUCUCGCUGUUUUAUAUGUAAAAUGAUUUGGCAAGAUGUGCAAAUUUAGAGUUAACUAGUUAAUCGUUGCUUGAUGUUGGUUUUUGAAACGAACGGAACUGGCCCAUCUCUUGUUUAUGAUUUGUAUGAUCUCUAUGGUUCGUGUAGGUCGAUAGGGUCUGCUCAUGGUCAGAAGAAGGGGCUCUGAUCCCAACAGUCAUUUGGAGCUGUGGCGUCUCUCCCCUCUGCCAAACUGUAAGGAAAUCGUCACAGAUCAGUUUGGUCUGUGGAAGAGAAGUUUGGUGUAGCUGCUUGUUGACAGUGCUUCACUAGGCUAAGGAAUGGAUGCUAUCGCGUUGCUGAGAGAGAUGAUGAAAUUGGUUCAACCAAGUUUAUGGCGUCCAUAAGUCUCCAAAAACAUAUGCAUUAAUGCAUGUUACUAGCAAGAUGGGGUUUCAUUCAAAUGGUGGUGAGGAGUCAUAUGACACAAAAGCGAGUAAAUUAAAUAUCGGUUUGUCAACCCAACCGAAACAGAGGAAGAAACUGGGGUCCAUUUUGAACUUGGAGGAAUAUGAGAAUGAUUUACAUCCACGAGCUGUGAAGGAUGCAGAAAAAUCUAAAGGGUUUCAUCAGAAGCAACACGACGAAAGAAAGUUGUGCAAAAGUGAAGAAGUUGUUAGGUACAUGUCAUGUUUACCUAGUUAUUUGGAGAGAGGAGAAAAUCCGGAGAAACUUUUCAACAUUGGGGUCCUUGAUUGGGGCCAACUAGAGAAGUGGCAACAUAGCAAUGCUGAUAUCUUGGGUAUAAAUGUCGAGCCUUCACCUUCCAGUAGUACCUCUUCAUCAUUUGUCUCCUCCAAAGCGUCAUCAUCCCGUCCUAGCAGCAAGAACACUAUGUCUCAUCAUCAUCGGAAACUAAAUCGUCCCUCAACUUCAACUGGAUGCCGUUCAAGUGCCUUGGAACUUCUUGCUGGGGGUGGAGAAACACUCCCCAAGCACAGGAAUGACUCAAAUAAUCUCUUAAGGGUGCAGCAGGAUUUGUUGCAAGCAACUCAGUCUUCUAAUCUGGACAGGGCGAACUGGCAAAAAGAUAGCAGACGCCUAGACCCGUCCCUGCAGAAAGUUACUAAGCUAAGGUCGCGGCCUUCUGAAACUGAUAGCAUCGUAUCUGGUUUUAAAGGGAAUGGAACCCUUCGCAAAGGCGAAGCUUCGAAAGCCAAAGAGCAGGUUCGCAGUUCUGGCAUUAACGCUCUUGAUUCCUCUGAAAGAUGCAAAACAAGAGUCCCCAAGUCAACAAAUGAUCCAGGACAUGGACAUUUUGCUGCAUGCCAUCAAUCUGAUUCAUCUGAAAGCGACAAAAGCCGAUUGCUUGAAGAAAAUCACUUUGAUGGAGGACCUGAUGCGAAGGUCUCUCAUAAUAAUUUAAGAUCUGAUGAUAACCAUUUCUACUCCAUGUUCAAUGAACAUGGCAAGACAAGGGACUCACAAGUUGAGAAAUCUUUCAAAGAAGUAAGGCGUCUCGACUCCCAGUCUGGUGAAGAACAUACAAUCCCGUUUACUCAAAGUGUGUCAAUUAGUCCUGCUAGAAGGAGGAAUCUGGAAAAGAAGAACUCGGUCUCAAAGCCAAGAAACUUAGCUCAAGACGAAAUUAUCCAGAUGAAAGUGGAUGGCUUGGAAUCGACCAAGGUCAGGAAUCCGUCACCAACUCGAAGAUUCACCUUUGGCAAGAGUUCCAACUCAAACUCGUCAGAUAUACCGACACAAGUUUUGGAUAUCCUACCUGAUUCAAAGGCAACUUCUACUUCAGCUUGCUCAAAUUAUUCAGCUGGUGGCAAAUCAAAUGCUACUAGCAGAGCCAGAUCUAGUCCCCUGAGAAGGCUACUUGACCCAUUAUUGAAGCCAAAGGGUGUCGAAUCUCGCGAGUUUGCUCGAUCAUCCGAGAGAAAUCCAUCAGCAAGAGAGAGGAGCUUGAAGUCGUCCAGUGGCCAAACAACAGAAUCUCGAGCUUUGCUUUCUGUUAAAAGUACAGUUGAUUUAAAGUGCUUCAGAAAGGAUCAUAUUGGUAGAUCACAUCAUACGCAGAAGAAUGGAACAUCAUCAAUGCAAGCUCUCCUGCAAAUAGCUGUAACAACGAAUGGUCUUCCGCUAUUCAAAUUUACAGUUGAUAAUUGCCGUGAUAUUUUAGCAGCAACGGUUAAAGAAUUAAGUUCGAAGGAGCAUAUGCGCGGAUGGAUCUAUACAUUUUUCUCUUUCAGUGACACUAAGAAAAAACAUGCUCAGUGGAUCAACCAAGGAAGCAAAGACAAUAACCAAAGUAUUGUAUCAAACAUUGUCGCACAGAUGAAGGUCUCUGACAUUGUGGACACUGAUUCAACUGGGAAAAGACAUGAUAAAUCUAGUGGAAGGGAGUUUGUUUUGUCGGCUGUGGGGUCACGAGAGGCAGAUCGGACAGCAGACUGUUUGCCAUGCGAUGAGCUUGCUGCUGUUGUGGUAAAGUAUCCAGAAAGGGCUUGUGGACAGUUAAACCAAUCAACGAGAGGCUUGAAAGAGCCAUUUCAACGAGGCAUAGAACGUUCAAGUUCACGAGAUGACGAAGGGAAUGAAUCUGGAAGUGAUGGCCCUUUUAGCACAACAGUUAUCCUUCCCGGUGGUCAUCACGGGGUGCCUAGCAAAGGAGAACCUUCACCGCUGAUCAAAAGAUGGAAAUCGGGUGGAUCAUGCGACUGCGGAGGCUGGGAUUUGGGCUGUCAGUUAACAGUUCUUGCUGGCAGCAAUCAGAGAUUCAACUCAAUCAAAUCCCACCAGUCAACUGCUGUGAAGCUUUUCUCUCAGGAAGUAGGUGAACGGCCAAUGUUCGUCUUGUCGCCAUUUGAGGAAGGGAUCUUCUCAAUCGAGUUUGAUUCAUCGCUCAAAAUGAUACAAGCAUUCUCCAUUGCCAUAGCAGUUGCGCACAGCGGCAGAUCGGUGUUGUUAUCGUCAAGAGUGGUUGGAGAAACCGAAAACAGCGUGUCGAAAAUCAUCAACAGAGCUCAGGUGGAGGUUACUGCAAAAUAUGCCUCAAAUCCUCCUCUUUCCCCUGUUGCUAGAGUCUGAUAUUCUGUGGUUUUUAAGAAAUAAAUAUCGUAUUUCAUGGAAACCAAAUGCAUCUCUGCAAUUCAAAAGGUGUUAUUGUCAUUUGAUUAGAGAUAAACAGAAUGGAUGUAAAUUUAAAGAUUUGGUGGGUAAAUAAAUGCAUCAAAGAUAAAAGUAAAA